UUGGUUGGGCUGGGACUUGGAGAGUGGCUCUCUUUAAACUGCCGUAUACUUUCUCUCUCAUUUCUGUUAAUAACGACCACCCUAAGACUGUUCAUACAUUAUGUUCCAAUCUACUGCUUGAGUUACCUUGUUUAUAGUUGAAUUACCUAUCAUUGGUAUCAGAGCAUCGAUCGUGGUACAUGUUUAUGGUUGCUACCAGACAGAAGAUGGAAGCGAGGUUGGAAAGCGUGGAACGUGAGUUGAUACAAACUCACGCGAACCUGGAGCGUGAGCUGAUGCAAAGUCGCGUGAACCUGGCGCGUGAGAUGAUGCAGAGUCGCGAGAGCCUAGAGCGCGAGAUGGAGAGGAAUCGCGAAGAGGCUAGGCGGAGUAGCGAUGAGUUACGGGAGUUAAUUCUGAAGCAGAAUGAUCAUCACUCACACGGAAGAACAAAAACAUCCGGAAAAGUGCGAGAAAUGAUAGUCGCAACUUCAUGUCAUCCGAAGGUAAUCAUCGAUCCUUAUCCUCUAGACGUGAUGAUGAUUAUGAUAGAUGGAUUGAGAAAUCUGGAAGAAAAGUGGAUUUACCACUUUUUAAUGGUCACGAUGCGUAUGGAUGGACCAUUAAGGUAGAACGUUUUUUUAAAAUGAACUGCAUAACUGAAGAGGAUAAAGUUGAAUUAAUCACGCUAGCUAUGGAAGGUAAGGCUCUAAACUGGUUCCAAUGGUGGGAAGAACACUCGAAUGUGAAGAAUUGGGAACAAUUUAAGGAUGCCUUAAUUCAUAGGUUUCAACCUGGACCGGUACAAGAUCCUUAUGGCCCUUUACUGAGUAUAGCACAGACUGGGAGUGUGAUGGAGCAUAGGGAGCAAUUUGAUUUGAUUGUAGCUCCUCUGAAAUAGAGUGAUGUGAAGAUUCUCAAAGGAAUAUUUCUAAAAGGGUUGAAACCUGAAAUACGAGCUGAAUUGAAAUUGAAUCAUGUUAGAACUCUUGCAGAGUUAAUGGAUAAGGCUUUGAUGGUUGAAGAAAGAAACCAGACUCUGAAUUUCAGCACGUACAAAGAGGAAGAUAGAAAAGGAAUAAAGGAUAGAGUGAAUGUUGCAACCAACUCCCACAGAUGGUUAAAUGAGAACAAGUGGAAGAAUAAUCUGAGUAAUCAGACUAAUCCUGAGAAAUCUGCCAUGGAGAAGAACCAGGAUGUAAUUAAUAAAGGUGCUGCAGUGAGGGGAACACAUAGAUUGUCCCAGAGUUAAGUAGGAAGGCCUUUGCUUUAAAUAUGGGGAGCAAUGGGGUAAAGGCCACAUGUGCAAGAUGAAACACUAUCAGAUCAUUGUGUUAGAUGAUUCUGAUGAGGAGGAGGUGUCAGAGGAAAAUCAACUGGAACCUACUACAAGGAUGGAAGAGAAUGAUCUUUCCAGUAUGCAAUUAUCACUAAUGAGUAAGGAAGGAAUGACUACUCCAGGACUUUCAAGUUAAGAGGAGAAAUACAGGGCCAUAGAGGAAGCAAGGAUGUAAUUAUAUUAAUUGAUUGUGGGGCUACUCAUAACUUCAUAUCUUCCAGGGUGGUACAAGAAGUGGGCAUUCUUAUUCUUCACAUUCCAGAAUUUAAGGUGGAAAUAGGGAAUGGAGAUCAAAUUAAGAAUGAUGGGAGGUGUGAUGCCUUAUCUGUUAAGGUGUAGAAGAUUAUGAUUACUCAAGAUUUUUACACCUUGGAGUUAGGGGGAACUGAAAGAGUGUUGGGGAUGGAAUGAUUGUCUGGUUUGGGAAAUGUGGAAUUUAAUUUCCAUCAAUUAUCUAUCAAAUGGGUGGAAGAUUGGCAGUCCAGGAAAUUGAAAGGGGGCCCUAAUCUCAGCAGAAGUGAAACAUCUCUUAAAAGUUUGGUGAGAGCUUUACCCAAUUGAAAUGAAAGCAGAUGUGGAAGAUAAUGAAGAUAGACAAGUUUGGGUCAGGGAAUGCAAGGCAGAGUUUCCUCCACUUUUCAAGUCCUCAAAUGGAUUACCUCCAAAAAGGGACUGUGAUCAUGCUAUUAACAUUAUGGAAGGAUCAACAAUCCCUAACAUCAGACCUUAUUUAGGACACAUCAUAUCUAAAGGAGUGGCAGCUGACCAUAGUAAGAUUGCAGACAUGCUGGACUGGAAAUACCCCAUUGAUGCUAAAGGGCUAAGAGGCUUCUUGGAUCUUACAGGCUACUAUAGAAAAUUUGUCAAAAACUAUAGUAGAAUAGCAUCCCCUUUAACUGAUCUUCUCAAGAAGGAUGGAUUCAAGUGGAAUUCUGAAGCACACGAGGCUUUUGAUGAACUGAAACAGAGAAUGACUCAGUUGCCUGUGUUAAAGGUGCCAGAUUUCAACCAAACCUUUGUAAUUGAGUCAGAUGCAUCUGGAAAAGGUUUGGGUCUGAACUUAUGCAGGAGGGAAGACCCAUAGCUUAUAUGAGCAAAACUUUGUCCAAAAGAAACCAAAAUAAAUCUGUAUAUGAAAGGGAACUCAUGGCUAUUGUAUUAGUCAUACAAAAAUGGAGGCCCUAUCUAUUAGAGAGAAGAUUUGAAGUUCAUACUGAUCAGAAGAGUCUAAUAUUUUUGACAUAGCAGAGAAUUUUGGGGGAAGAUCAACAGAAAUGGAUAACCAAGUUGUUGGGGUUCAAUUUUGUCAUCAAGUACAAACCUGGAGUAGAAAACAAAGCUGCAGAUGCAUUGUCUAGAAAGGGUCAAUUUUAUUCCUUAUCUGUGGUCACUUGUCAAGAGUGGGAAGGACUAGAAAGUGAACUGAUGGAGGAUGAGAAGUACAAAACUGAACAUUCUUGUGUGGAGGAAGAAAUUUGCGAAUGCACUAGCAGUUAAAAUGACGAUGAAGAUGAGAUAGAGUUGGAAGAAGAAGAAUUUGAUGAGGAGUAGUGAAUGAUGAAUUCAAAGGGCUUGCAAGUCGCAUUUACUUAUUUUUACUGUUAAUUUAUCAAGGCUUAAACUCUUAAAUCAGAACCUUGUUUUUUAUUCAAGAUGUUUUAAUCAUUAAUAGCCUCUUAUGUUUUGGUCAUGGAACUCGUAGGAUUUAUGAAUGUUAAGACUUAAGAUGCUUGCAAC